GAAGUAGUUGUAUUUAACCUCCUCUGAUUUGUUUUUUCUUGCUCAGGAAACACUUCAGGGUCUCCACGUUUUUUUGUCGUCUCACUACAUAAACUUUGACAAGUGGUUGCAGCCAAAAGCAGCUAACUAGUUUGUGUUUUCUCUUUGUUUUUGGGACCUCGGACUGAAAGCGUUUAGCCUCGUUUUACGCAAUGAAGGUGACAGUGACAGAGUGACUUCUCGGAGCUAAAACUAGCCAGCUCGGCUAUCAGCGGCAGCGGAUAAAGUCCAAGAGGUUUCUGGGGGUUUCGGAGGCGAAGAGCUCGACUCCAGUGGACUGUGUGUGUCGGAGAGUUUCCCAGCUGCUUUUUUAAACUUCACUUGAAAUGUCUCUAGUGGCGGCAGCGUUGAGAAGACUGGCCCAUGUCCGGUUAGGGGAGUUAUCCCGGAGGACGCUGCGUCCGGCUACGAGGAGCUUCACCUCCGGCACACAGCCGCUCAGGGCGGACAACAAGGUUCUGGUCCACUUCAUCAACAGAGACGGGGAGAAGGUCUCAGUGAAGGGGGCGCCUGGAGACUCGCUGCUAGAUCUCGUCAUUAAUGAAGACCUCGACUUUGACGGCUUCGGGGCGUGUGAGGGGACCCUGGCCUGCUCCACAUGUCACCUGAUCUUUGACGAGGACGUCUAUAAGAGUCUGGGCCCGGUCACAGACGAGGAGAUGGACAUGCUAGACUUAGCCUACGGCCUGACGGACACAUCUCGUCUGGGUUGCCAGAUCUGCCUGACGAAGUCUCUGGAGGGGAUGGUGGCCAGAGUCCCCGAGAGCGUAGCGGACAUCCGACAGAGUAAAGACGGCUCGUCUUAACGGCGGCGUGCUGCGGCGGAGCGGCGUGGACGUAGACUCAGUGUGUAGUCAGAGCUGAGGGUACGUGCACAGGGACGCUGGAGGGUGAAAAUCUGUCGGCACUGUCACGUUUCCUCCUUUUUAAGAAGAAACAUCCAAGUCACAGACAACUAAAGCCACAAAAUCAUCUUUAAGAGCCAGAUUUUUAGACUUUAGAUACGUAAUAUAACAUUAAAAUAUUAAAUCUGUAUCAACGCGGCCUUUUAAUGAAUCCUGCUGUCAGGUUUUAAUCACUUUAGAUGAUUUGUUAGCUCCGUUUCUUGUUAAUUCCACUAAUUUAAAGCUGGCUGUGACUGAAUGUUUGUGACUAACAGUUCUCGACGCCGUAGAGAUUGUUCUGGUGCUGAAACAGCCGUCCUGCAUAUAUUUUAUUUUAUUCUUUAUUCAUAUGUAAACCCUCCCCGUUUGAUCAGAUCCUCCAUGUAACCUUUAAUUCUUUAAUGUGAUUGUACAUAGCUAGAACACACACAUAUAUAUCAUGUAUAGAGUGAAAUAUGUUAAUAAAAAGGAAAAAAAAUCACCUUUCUAUGGCGCUUGAACUGUCAGUUUUUAUCUUCUGCAGCCCUGAUUCCAACAAGGUUUAAACGUGGAAUAAAACAACAAAAAUGUGAUAAUUUACUAAUCAUUUUGAUGUAUAACAUUGUUUUUUUUGUUGUAAAUAUGCACAAUAAAUACUGAAUUUUAUGCA